UGAUCAUAAUCGACCAAACAAUAACAUGAAUGGUUGUCCCCCACUGACCAUAGCGCCGACCCUAAAGACAGAAUGCCACAUCGACAGAUCUGGUUGUUUCUUGUGUGAUGCAUCGGUUGUUACAACAAAAACAACACUAACCACCACCCCUGUCCCUACCACGACAGACAUAACGACAACCACAACUAUUCUAACACAAACAGCGAUCAAUAUAACCUUAACUACUUCAUCACCAACAACCUCCAAGGAAACAACGACUCCUACAACAUCUCUAACAACAACUCCGACUACAACUACUCCUACUACCGCUACAACGACCACGGUUGCUACUGGCACAGUGUGUCCCCCGUUCCCGAGCAAUUGCCCCGACACUCGCAGCUGCAUCGACGUGGACGCAAAUUUGUGCUCUGUCUGCCUGUGUGAAGGUGUCAACAUGACGACUGUAUUCCCCGGAUGCAGGCCACUUGAGUGUCUGUUGGAUUGUGGGGAUCCUCCAACGUACAAGAAAGACGACACCGGAUGUGACGUGUGCCAGUGUGACUUUUCGAGUUGAUACAUGAUAUCGAUGUUAUUCAAAUUAAGGUGUAAUUAAAUUUAACAAACAGUACAAUAAUAACGUGGUCGCGUUAAUUGAUUUUACUACGAUAAAGAAGAAUACACUCUCCUGGUUAACGUGUACAUUAGUAUAAACACAUCAUGUUCUAUUGGUAUGGCAAGAAACUAAUGGCCCAACAGGUUGACACAAAUCAAACGCACGUUUGUAAGCGAAGACUGCUUGUUAUAUUACGUUAGUUAAGAUUGAAGGAAAUUAGAAAAGAUAUAAAACUUGUUCGCCUGCUGAUAAAACUUAAAGCCCUUUCGUUUUAUGCAUGUAAUUCAAAAGUAUGCAAUAACACCAUGUUUGAGUAAGGGUUAGCACGUGGUUAUACAAUGCAAACUGUGUUUAAAUUUGAUGAUUUUACUAGUCAUUUACUUUGCCCUCAUUGAUUUUCCAUUUAAUCAUUCGG